GUGAAUGCAGUUCAGUUCUGUCAGGUUUUCGCAGAUUAGGCAAAAUGGCUGUAGUGUACGCAGGUUUUGUGUUGAUGUUCUUCAAUUAAUUUAAGUUUAAAAGUGUUGUGAUGUAUGAUCGCGUCCCAAUUUAGUGAAAAAAUACGUUUUUAGUGAUUUGAGUAAACUUGAACAACAAUCAUUUGGUUGGACUUUGUUAUAGUUACUUUAUAAAUAAGGAUGAACCGGCUGCUGGAUACCCUGUGCUGACCUCUUGGUUUCGGCCGCCGCCGACACCGCCAUGGGCAAUAAUUGCUGCUGUUGCGGCAGCCGACGCUCGCAGCCCGACAGACUUGUCUAUCCGGGCGGAAUCAAAACGGCACACGGACUGGACGGUGGUCCACCUCGACUGACAAUCAACAAUCCCUACACACCGGACCCUCAGCGGAGUCAUGUCGAUAUAAUAAGGAGUCGGCCGACCCCCACACGGCCCCCUCUUUCCGUAAAGGGCCGCGUGGUCGUGGCCCUUUACAACUACGAGGCCCGCGACAGCAGCGAUGUCUCGUUUAAGAAAGGCGAUCGCAUGGAAGUCAUCGAUGACUCCGAAGGCGAUUGGCUAAAUGUGAUACAUCUCAUAACCAAAGUCCAGGGCUACAUCCCUGGAAAUUUUGUAGCGGCCGAAUUGAGCGUCGAAAGCGAAGACUGGUUUUUUGAAAACGUAUCGCGAAAGGAAGCCGAGAAGCUUCUCCUCGCCGAGGAAAAUCCAAGAGGAACUUUCCUAGUCCGUCCUUCCGAGCAUAAUCCCAACGGGUAUUCGCUCUCAGUCAAAGACUGGGAGGAGAUCAGGGAAUACCACGUCAAACACUACAAAAUCAAGCCGCUUGAUAACGGCGGAUUCUACAUUUCCACCAACAAAACAUUCCUCACUUUAGUCGAAUUAGUCAAUGCUUACACCAAAAACGCUUAUGGCCUUUGCCACGUCUUGUCGAAGCCGUGCCCCAAGCCCCAGCCCACGAUGUGGGACCUGGGGCCCACCUACCGCGACAAAUGGGAAAUCCCACGCGAGGAAAUCCAACUCAUCCAGCGCCUAGGCCGCGGCAACUUCGGCGAAGUGUGGUACGGCAAAUGGAAAAACAACAUCGAAGUCGCCGUUAAAAUGCUCCGCGAGGGCACAAUGUCCACACAAGCCUUUUUACAAGAAGCGGCCAUCAUGAAGAAGUUCCGCCACAAGCGCUUGGUCACCCUCUUCGGCGUGUGCAGCGAACACGAACCCAUCUACAUCGUCCAGGAGUACAUGUCCAAGGGCAGCCUCCUCGACUUCCUGCGAAAGGACGAAGGCAAGGAGCUGGAGUUCGAGGACCUGGUGUACAUAGCGUUCCAAGUGGCCAGCGGGAUGGAGUAUCUCGAGUCCAAACAAUUGAUCCAUCGGGAUUUAGCCGCGCGUAAUGUUUUAAUCGGCGAAAAUAACAUUGCGAAAAUCUGCGAUUUCGGGCUUGCGAGGGUGAUUGAAGACAAUGAGUAUUGCCCCAAGCAGGGCUCGAGGUUCCCCGUCAAGUGGACGGCCCCCGAGGCCAUCGUCUACGGGAAGUUCUCCAUAAAGUCGGACGUCUGGUCUUACGGCAUCUUCCUGAUGGAGCUCUUCACCUACGGACAGGUCCCGUACCCGGGGAUGCACGGGCGCGAGGUCAUAGACAUGGUCGAGAAGGGCUACAGGAUGGGCAAACCCACCUCGCACGUGCUCCCCGACGAGAUCUACUCGAUAAUGCUGCAGUGCUGGGACGCGAAGCCCGAAAACAGGCCCACCUUUGAGUUUCUGACCCACUACUUUGAAGGGUUCAACGUGACGUCAGAGGUGCCCUAUCGGGAGGUGCCCGAUUAGUGGGGUACCACCAAUACGUAUAAACACUAGAUCUCAGUUGUGUUUGGUUUUCCACUCGCCCGUUUGCUUGCCGCACAUUCUUCAAAAUUUCUAAGACUGGUUUGAGUUAGUGUCCGAAGCCACGUACGAUAUCACGCAGUACAAAAAGGCAAAAUUCAAGUGACCUAUUCGAGAAUUUAACUUUUAUACGACUUUUUGUACGUCUUUUUACUCAAAAUAUUGGACGUGGACCAAUACUUGCUUCCCUUCCUUCUUCAGUGUAUUAUUGUAUGUGUGGUUGUCUUCAGUUCGAGUAAUAUCGCGUGUGGUGGACACGGAGCUCUCUAUUUUUGACGGAGGCCACACGUGGUAUUGGCUUUUUGAUUUUUGGUUUUGUGCAAUAAACAAUGUACAAAAUUCAUUCUAAAUUAUUGAGAAACUUAUUUUUAGAGUUAUAUAAGUGUUAAUCACGUCUUAAAUGUAUUGCUUUUAUUUUUGUUUUAAGUAUAUUUUUAUUUUAUGAGGAAACAUAGUCAUGAUAGUGAUCGUGAGUGUAUUAGUAUAAUUAUUUAUGUUUGAGAUGGUUAUACAGUCAGAUUUGAUCCAGUCAAGUUUUUAUCUGUUCUUAAGAAAAGCCAUAUGUUAUUGAUUUUUAUAUAGGAACAAUCAUAUUAAAUUUUGUACAUAUACAGUAUGAAUAAAACAUUGUGCUACUCAG